AUGGGUUUAGCUGUUCUGCCACCAGAGCCUGAGGAGGAGACUAUACAAACAGACGUCUAUGGCGACGACGACGAGUCCAGCGACGCCUCAGAGCAGGAAGAUGGCGGCCGACCGCCAAAGCGCCGCCGAUUAUCUUCUUCGUCUCGACAAAUAACCCUGCCAGGAGAGGUGAUUACGGACGACACACAAUGGAUGAGGGGACAUGGCACCUUCAUGCCCGAGCAGUCAACCACCAUGAUCGCGACCCUCGCGGGCCCAUUGAAAAAGACAAACAAGUUACUCUCAGUAGCCCCCCUUCGUGCACGAUAUACGCCGGAAAUCGGGGAUCUGGUCGUCGGCCGCGUAGUGGAAGUCCAAAAGAACCAGUGGAAAGUGGACGUGGCGGCGCCGUUGCUAGCCCAAUUACCCUUGUCAUCCAUCAACCUGCCCGGUGGAGUGUUGAGGCGACGUACAACCGCAGAUGAACUCCAGAUGCGCAAUUACUUCCAGGAGGGGGACUUGGUGGUGGCAGAAGUCCAACAGCUGAGGAGCAGUGAUGGGACAGCGAAUCUACACACCCGAAGUCUGAAGUACGGCAAGCUGCGAAACGGAAUGUUCCUUGCCGUGACCGGGACUGGCGGCGGGGGCGGCGUGGUCCGGAGUCGAAGACAGGUCUUCACGAUCAACAGCGGCGCCCAAGGUGGCGGAGACGUCAACGUCAUCCUCGGAGUGAAUGGCUACAUCUGGCUGAGCAAGCACAUGGAACAAGCCGAAGACCAGGGCAGGAUGAGCGGCGGCGUGAGCAUCUCGAACCUCGACGACGUGGUCAGCAGCGCCAUCUACUCGAGCCAGAACGACGACAUCGGCGAAGGCACCCGCCGAGAAAUCGCACGCAUCUCCGAAUGCAUCAAGAUCCUGGCGGAGGACGGUGUCAGGGUCGACGAGGACAACGUGCUCAAGGCGUACGAAGCGGCCGUCGACGCCGAAAUGAACGUCAUGACGGACCAGGAAGGCGUCGCCACCAGUUUCAGCGACGACGGCAGGAGGAGGAUUCUCGACGCGGCUCUUCAUUGA